AGAUUGAGUGUGACUGUCAUACUGCUAAAACUCAUCGCAUACUAAAUUUUGUUGAUGAAUAGACUGAAAGUAGUACAACAGUAUUCACCGUCCUUUUGUCAAUAUAAAUUUCUUACUUGUGCUGUUGUGUCAUUUAAUGUAUUUUAAAAAUGUCAUGUAUUUAUUUGACUGCAAUUUUCCUCCAUUUACUUCUAAAAUUUGUAGGAAUCAAUUAGUUUUCAAAGCAUGGUUGAGGCUUACAAACUCAGAUGUGUAUUGUCUGGACACAAAAGUGAUGUCCGCGCCAUAUGUUGUCCAUCAGAGAGUAAAGUCGUUUCUGCUUCCAGAGAUUUUACAGCAAGGACGUGGUGUAUUUCAAAAGAAAGCUGUGAUGGCUGUGAAAGUUCAGUUCUUCUUGGGCACACAAAUUAUGUAUCAGCUGUAUGCUGUCAAGAGUUAGAUGGGGAAUACCAUAUACUUACAGGAUCGCAUGAUAAGCUGAUAAGAGGCUAUAAUUUUGAACUUGCAGAACCUGUUUUCACAUUAGAAGGACAUGAAGAUACGGUGUGUACUUUGGCGACUGGACGGCAUAAAACCAUAAUUAGUGGUUCCUGGGAUAAGUUGAUCAAAAUCUGGAAAGAAGGGAAAUGUAUUGCUACUAUUUCAGGUCAUGAAGCAGCAGUCUGGUGCGUACUCGUUAUGUCGGCAGUAAAUAUCACCGGUAAUGUUGACGAUAUGAUUAUCAUUAGUGGUUCGGCUGAUCGAACUGAGCACAAGGAUUGUGUACGUGCCUUGGCGUGUAUAGAUGAUUCACGAUUUUUAUCAGCAAGCAAUGAUGCCAGCAUAAGAGCUUGGAACGCUUCCACAGGCGUAUGCAUAGCUGAAUUUUAUGGGCAUACAAACUUUGUGUACGGAUUGGCUACGUUACCUAGUUUUCCGAAAUUCGUUUCUUGUGGUGAAGACAGGAGUAUUCGCACAACAAUUCAGUUGCCUUCAAACUAUUUCAUUACCUGUCAAUCUGCAUGGUGUGUGACUUUGGUACCAAAUGGUGAUGUUGUUGUUGGAGGAAGUGAUGCGAUGAUUCGUAUUUUUUCAUCUGAUCCAAAAAGACAAGCUUCCCAGGAUGUACUAAAGUUAUACGAGAACCGGAGACUUAGAUUUGAACAAGUUACCGGAAUUGAUGCUUUAACAAAACCAGGAAAGUCAGAAGGACAAGUGAUGGUGAUUAAUGACAAUGGACGUUCUGUUUGCUAUCAGUGGUCCUCACAUGAAGUUCGCUGGAUUGAAGUUGGCGAUGUUGUAGGAAGCCAGCCGUCUAAUCGUCAAGUAUACGAAGGAAAGGAGUACGAUUUCGUAUUCACUGUUGAUAUAGAUGAAAGCAUGCCACCGCUUAAACUACCAUACAAUCGUACCGAAGAUCCAUGGUUUGCGGCUCAUUCUUUUAUUCAAAGAAAUGACUUACCUGCUGGUUAUCUGGAUACUGUUGCUAAUUUCAUCAUUCAAAAUGCAGGACCACAGGUUGGUUCAGGUGUUGCUAGUGAUUCAUCAUACUGCGAUCCUUUCACUGGAGCACAUAGAUAUAUCCCUCAAAAUCCAUCGGCAGACAAAACAUCCGUUACAAACACUACUUCAUCACCCCCAAUACUUUGUUUCCCGUCAGAAACGUUUAUACCUAUUAAAGCAAUCAGUCUUGGUCCAUUAAUGAACAAACUGGAAUUAUUCAAUUCACAAUCAUCUAUUACACUGGACAGUGAGCUUUUGGAAGCCUGUAGAAAAUUCAAUUUCGACGACUGUACUGAAUCCCAAGCUGUUUAUCUUACUACGCAUAUUGAAGAUGUGAUUACCAAAUGGAGUCCUGAUGUGGUAUUUCCCUUACUGGAUAUUCUGCGUUGUUUAGUUUUUUGGCCUGCGUGCAGUGAUUCCAUAUUUGAAACAACAAAUUGGCAUAAUUUACUUGCCAUUAGUUUAGAUAAACCGGAAUUAUCAAGUGCAAAUUGUUUACUGGUAUUACGCCUGUUAGCCAAUUGCUUAUCUGCAGAUGGAGCAAGAUUUUUAGAUACUGUCCGCCAUCAGUCUGACACUUCAUCAAUAUCAUCGGAUAAUAUUCCAAGUGUACCAAAGUCUUUAGGUGCUGCUUUGGGAGUUAUGAAGAAGUUAGCUGAUCUUGUUAAUGAAAAUAAAUUAGAGCUGGCAACACGUAAACAACACCAGGUUGCCUUAGCUACACUGCUGCAUAAUGUGUCUGUACUUAUUCAUCGAACAAAGACAUGCUCUGUUGUAUCGAAUUUAUUACCUCAAUUACGUUUUACACCCGGUGUCUGCGUUCGAAUAUGUUUCAGUUUAUUAUCUCUUCCUGUGGACCAUGGUAGUAGUGGUGUGACACAAUUUCAUCCUGAUGCUGUAAAUUGUUUAUUUUUGUGUCUUGGUAAUUGUUUAUCAUCUGUUACUGCUGAAGUGAAUAUGACGGAUGAACAAAUAAAAGCAAAACGUGUUCGUGUUGUUGCUUCUGCUGUAAGCGGUCUAAAAGGUGUCGAUGACAAUGUAAAUACUGACACAAAUGUUGAUGAAUUUAAAGCCUGGGAAUCAGCUCGUAAAAUUAUAUCCUAUUGGGCAACUACGCCAACCGUUUGUCCUAAAGUUCGUGCUUGUGCUAGCCAAGUAUUGUCAAUUUUAGAGUGA